GAUUUUGUGAUGUCUAUUCCUCUAUUGACAGUCGAGUCGAGGAGAUGGUUGUUAUUGAAUGAAGCAGUAUGGUUAAGGUUAUGUUUUGAAGUCAUCCUGUAUAAACUGAUAAUACUUAAGUUACUUUUCUGUUUCCGCGACCUCAAGAAUCUUUAUUAAUAUACAAAUACUUCGUCAAAAAUGUGUAGUAAUCCGGAUAUUGAUAAUGAUGGUUCAGAGCUAAUGGAAAAAUUUGAACAACUUAACCUGACUGGUCAGUGGUGCAGGAAAUGUUCUGAUAAAACCAAAGCAAAGGUUGUUCUCAGGAAAAAAGAUGCAUACUGCAAGCAAUGUUUUCUAACUUCUGUAUCUCACAAAUUUCGAGCUUGCUUGGGAAAAUCUAAAACUAUGAGACCUGGAGACAAGGUUCUUGUGUGUUUUUCUGGUACUGAUAACUCUAUUUCUCUACUACACCUGAUCCGAACUGGACUGCAGGAGACAUCGCACAAGAGGCUGAUGUUUGAGCCAUGUGUUGUGUACAUUGAUGAAGCUACAGCUUUACAGUUAACAACGGAGGACAGCGGCAGAAUCACUGCAAGUGUUGACGAGCUUCUGCAGAUGUUCAAUUUUCCUGUGUACAAAGUUCCACUUGAACUCUCCAUUGAGUCGGAGGAAGUUGUUGAGAACUAUCUUAAUGGAGGUAUACACUCUCAUAAUACUAGCAACCUAUGUGAUUUGUUCAACUCAAUCUCUGACACAACCUCCAAGAUGGACCUGCUCUCUAAAUUAAGGUACAACCUGUUGAUUCAAGUGGCCAAGGUGCUCGGAUGUAACAAAAUGUUCACCGCAGAGACAGCUGAUGACCUGGCGGUAAAGCUCAUGACGAAUGUCUCAUUAGGUCGAGGCGCACAGCUUCCUUACGAUGUUGGUUUCUCAGAUGAACGCUGUCCAGAAGUGAAAGUGGUACGUCCGUUACGAGAUCUGUCCAAGAAGGAACUUGUAUUUUAUAAUGUCUUCCAUAAUUUAAAGUCAGCUCAUGUUCCCUCUUUAUCAACCAAGGCUGACGUACAUUCAAGCAUUCAGAAGCUGACUGAAUCGUUCCUGUGUGAACUACAAGAUGGGUUUCCGAGCACAUUGUCGACUGUCUUCCGAGUGGCAGACAAGCUGACAACGACUCCUGGGGAGAGAGAUGUCUGCCCUCUGUGUAAGACGCCUCUUGACACGGAUGAUGUAGCUUCAUCGUCACUCAGCGCUACCCAGUUCUCCAGGCUUGUAUCUUCAUCUGGACCUUCCGACUUUGAUGUGGCAUCUUCAAAAGAUGUUAACUCAGGUACAAGUUGUUGUGGGCAAAACAAUACAAGUAACUCAUGCUGCUCUGAAAAAAAUUCAAAAAAUGAACUGCAGGAGAUGCUAUGCUACAGCUGCAAUCUUAUUUUAAAAAAUGCAGAUGUGAACAAACUUCCUGCUUUGAUGAUGCAGAAACUCAGAGAGUCCAAUCAGAGGUUUAAGAUGAAGAAAGAAAUUGAGCAGUUUCUUUUAUAAUAGCUUUACAAAUUUGGAUUCUUUAAUAAAAUGCUCAA